UCAGCUGAGCCACAGGAGGAAUCGGCAGUAGCAGGGAUCGUCUCUCUGUCUGUCCAUAGACAAACUGCCCCCAUCUACAGAUAAAGAAAGAGGAGUGUCAGUGUUAGCCUAGCCCUAACCUGUUCUCUCUCUUUCUCCUUCAUUUUCACCUCUGUUACACUGUCUCACUACGUUGGCGCCUUGGGAGACAAGAGAGAGGCUUGUCUCUGCUGUUCUCGCUCUUUUUCUCUAGUUCUCCCUCUCCUGGGACCUAAUGCUGUAGCGCCCCUAUACCGGGCGGAGGAGGAACCCACCAGGGCUCAACAACGGCACAGUAUGGGUGACGAAAGCUACAACUUUGUCUUCAAAGUGGUUCUGAUUGGUGAGUCUGGUGUUGGGAAAAGCAACCUGCUGUCUCGCUUCACCAAGAAUGAGUUUAACCACGACAGCCGCACCACCAUCGGAGUGGAGUUCAGCACCCGCACUGUUCAGCUGGAUAACUUGGCCAUCAAGGCUCAAAUCUGGGACACGGCAGGGCUGGAGAGAUACAGAGCUAACACAUCCGCGUACUACAGAGGGGCGGUGGGGGCUCUGCUGGUGUAUGACAUCACCAAGCACCUAACCUAUGAGAGUGUGGAGCGUUGGCUGAAGGAGCUGUACGACCACGCCGACCCCCACAUGGUGGUCAUGCUGGUGGGCAACAAGAGUGAUCUAGGUACCCUGAGGACCGUGCCCACCGAGGAGGCCAAGGACUUCACAGAAAAGAAUGGCCUCUUGUUUAUGGAGACGUCAGCUCUGGAUUCUACCAACGUUGAAGCUGCUUUCCAGGAAGUUCUCACAGCGAUCCACAAGAAGGUGGCCGGUCGAGAGGUGCCCCGCGUGUCCAUCACUGCCGUGACCCUGUCCAGUACUAUUGGACCAGCUAGCGACGCCCAGGAGAAACACAGUACCUGCUGCAAGAACCUCUGACCAGUUCUGACAGGUUCUGACCAGGUUUGACCUGUUCUAACUGAUUAUCUUCAGUUCUACACAUAAUCUUCCUACUCUGCCCUCAUUCAGGUUAAAGGGAAUAGUGUAUAGGACUGUCCAAACCAAAGACCAGGCAAGUCAAAUCAAGUCACAUUUAAUUUACAGUGCAUUUCACAAUUCUCAACAAGACAGAUUUAAGAGACAUAGCACAUUUAUGUACAGUUGAUCAAUAUUGACACUAUUGGUGCUACCGUCAUUCUCCCUGCUUGGCUAAAUGUUGCUGACCAUAACAUAUUUAGGUGGAUUUUUUUAUUCUUCUGUAUGCUCGUUUUUAAACUUUAGCAGUUAUUAUACAGCAAAUAAAUCUUGAUUUGGUAUAUAUUCAAAAGGAGGAACUACAUUAUUUUGGUAUAUACAUCAUGUUAGGUUGACCACAUAAAAAAAAUCGCAAAUGCGGGACAGCGGUAUGAUUUGCGCGAUAUUCGAGUGACAAUGUAGCCUACACACACACAUACACAAAUCCCUCUCCCGCUGCACCAACAGAGCUAAUUGAAUAGCACGUAGCAUAGUCUUUUGCCUCGUGCAAAAUUUGGUGAUGCUGAAAUGAGAGACCACUUGUGUGGCUAUUUUAUGAAAAUCUUCAAAUAUUUGGCCAAGAAAAUGUUUCUUGUUGGUCUCAGGGAAUGUAAAACAGUUAGGAUGGGAGACUUAAAACGGGAUUGAGUGAAGUAGCAGAAAAUAUCUUGAAUGAGCAACUAAUGAGCAUCACAAAUUUGAAGAAAUUAGCUCAGCCUAUAUCUUUCAGUCUAAUACAUCUUUUUACUUAGUUUUGUAGCUCUUCGUUAGAAGCACACGUAUUGUAAGUAGUAACUGUCCUCUCCAAAUUAACUAGAAUUUAGCCUGAAAAUAUUUGACAAAUGUGAUUGGUUGACGAUAUGACAUUGGCCUAAAUCUCGUUUUGCGCUGCGCAGAAUAUCAGAUCUCAACAACGAUUGGAGAAGUGUUUAACAUCACCAGUAGGCUUAGGCUACCAUAUACUUAUGAUAUAUAUAUUGUGUAUAUAUAUAUAUAUAUAUAUAUAUACACACAGUCAUAAACGCAACGUGACUGCAAAAGAGAGGUUGGAAUCAAUUCGCAUCAAAUGAAUAGGACGUCUGAGUGAAAUACGGGACAAAUCUACUUUUAGUAAAUUAGUGGGGUUUUAAUUUGUUGAUAAAAUGCGGGACAUGAUUGUUUGCGGGAAGUGGGACAAAAGGCCAAAAUGUGGGACUGUUCCGCACAAUCCGGGACAUGUGGUCAACAAUCAUGCGAAUGUGUGGUUUGUCACCAAGAUGAAAAAUCGGUAUGAGGUUUUGCGUUGACAAAAUGGGAACACUUGUAAAGGUUAAGUUAAUGACGAGUAUGUUUGGCUCGGAGACUUGGUGAAGACCAAGUAGAAAGAUUCAUGAAUUUGAAAUAUUGAAGUUUGAUAUUGCAGUAACUAUGCACUGUAUGUAACAUUUUGUAAUAGACAUGUAUUUUACAACCAA